AUGAUCAACUCCGAUGCCGGCACGCAAAAUUCUUUUUCACCGCGACGGACGCCUCUCGGACAUGCUGUCCCACUGCUGGCGUUCGGCUUGUCACAUUUAUCCCAUUGCACGUCCGCCGUGUCAGCGCCGCUGAACGACCUGUGUGUCCUGCCCGGGCGCGAGCCCAUCGCUCCUACCAUUCUAGCCGGCGAAAUACUGAUGCGAUCCAUCAUCUUUCGAUGA